UACUGCGGUCGACCAGUUUACCAGUCACUGACUAUGUUGUGCUUUUUAGCAAGGAAGGUGUCAUUUCGACUAUCAAACUUCAGAUCUUUAGACACAAUCAGGUGGAUAAAGCAUUUGAGUGCAGCGAAUGUGAACCAGGAUAUGUUACUUAGGACUAAGUCUUUCCUGCGGCCGGCAAGCUGGCAAUACCGGUAUCUGAAUGAUUCAUCAAGCGAGUGGAAAACUGUCUAUGAAGGUCCAAUCUCCAGAUCAGUCAAACUUGUAAAAUUGCUUUCCCUGACUACAGCAGCGUCGACCUUAGUUUGUUCUCCAUUGUUGGUGCUUUUUGGAAAUCAAGCAUCUUCGGCCGCAAUGAAGACAAUCGCGGUAUUAUUAUUAUGUACGAUUGGUACUGGUUCAACUGCUUUACUUCAUUUUGUAGCCAAAGCUUAUGUGCACAAGAUGGACUUCAAUCCAAAAGAAAACAUUUUCGCCGUCGAGACACUAUCUUUACUUGCCUUGCGGAAAAGAGUGGAAUUUUCUGCUGAUGACAUUUUUGUAUACCCAGACGAUAGAGCAUUUUCCACCUUUGAAGCUCAUGGACGAAAGUAUUUUAUUCACAAGGAGCUUGUAGAAGCUCAGCAGGUGUUGUACUUUAUUGAAAAGCGGCAGAAAAAAGAAGCCUCGGAGUUUGAAAAAUCCUCGUAAAAUAUACAGUUGUUAUAUUCAGUGAAAGUAUUAUGUCAAAUUUCAGUCGAUCGAGGUUAUAUCUACUGACGAUUUUUCUCAGUCAUAACCAGGUUACAACUAUAGACAUAUGCAGCUUAUAUUGAUCCACAAAAUACUGUACUUUCAGUUGAUAAAACCAAAUUAUACUGUAUCUCUGUCAGGCAA